AUGCAAAAUCACAACAUGCCAAGUAGGAGCAGCGUCAAUCUUGCGCUACCGCUGCGACCAAAUGUCAGCCAGCGCAAUCAGGACAGCCGCAACUUCUUCACCAACCAUGCAACACCUAGCUCGACUGAGGCCAUUAACGGCCCUGUGCGCGAGCCCACGAGAGAGCAACCGCCUAUCAGCGACCGGCUGAUUGUUGGAGUUGAUUUUGGCACCACAUUCUCCGGGGUGGCAGCUGUGUAUACGUCAAACCCUGACGACAUUGACAUAAUCAAAACGUGGCCUGGCAGUAACGGCAUUACGUCGGACAAGGUGCCAACCGAAAUUUCGUACGAUUUCCCCGCCAAUGCAACAUCAGGAACCGACCCCAAUGUGAAAUGGGGGUUUCAGUUCAAGCCAGAGGAGUCUCGGCUGCGCUGCAUCAAGCUGUUCCUCGACCGCUCGCAAAAGCUACCAUUUUACGUCAGUCCGCUCGACACAGCCGCACAGCUUAAGCGUUUCAACAAAAAUGUUGUCGAUGCGGUCAGCGACUACCUUACGCAAAUAUACAAACACACCAUGGAUACGCUGACGCGACGUUACGGCGAGUCGUUCAUGGCAUCGACAAAGGUCGACUUUGUUCUGACCUGCCCUGCCGUAUGGAGUGAUGCCGCAAAGAACACGACGCUGCAGGCGGCGGAGCGCGCAGGUAUGGGCAGUCGGUCCGAAAUUCAGAUGAUAAGCGAACCGGAAGCUGCGGCUGUUUACACACUCAAGGCUAUCCAACCUAAUCACCUCAAUGUCGGCGACAACUUUAUUGUCUGUGAUGCUGGUGGUGGUACAGUUGACCUUAUUGCGUAUGAAAUUAAGUCACUAAAACCUUUACGAGUCGAAGAAUCAGCCGUGGGAACGGGUGGCUUGUGCGGCAGCGCUUUUCUCAACUACAGAUUCGAGGAGCACGUACGCGGCAGACUCGGCCAAGCGCGGUUCGACGAGAUGAAGACGAAAAAGGGUAAAACGUGGCAAAUGGGCCUCAAAUAUUACGAAGAGUUUGUGAAGCGCAAUUUCAACGAGGACGAGCACCAAGAGUUUAAUGUCCCCUUUCCUGGCCUAGCCGACGACGAAGAGGCCGGCCUUGACUCUGGCUUCCUGGUCAUGACAGCAGAGCAAGUCAAAGACAUAUUUGAACCUGUCGUGAAGGAGGUAUGCGACCUUGUGCAAGGCCAGGUCGGAAGUCUCCGCGCCAAGGGUGCCAUCGUGUCCGGCAUCGUCCUGGUCGGCGGUUUCGGCCAGAGCGACUACCUCUACCGGCGUCUUAAGAGCCACUUUUCCAGCGCGGCGCCGCCUCCGUACAGCGAACGCCCGACGCACGCCACAGUCAGCGUGACGCAGGAGAACAGCUCGAUCGAGGUGAUGCAGCCCGUGUACGCGUGGACGGCCGUGGUGCGCGGCGCGGUGCUCCGCGGCCUCGAGGGCAACAUGGUCAUCUCGCGCAAGUCGCGCAUGCACUACGGCACCUCGUACGCGACCGUGUACGACGAAGACAAGCACUCGGUCAGCGAGCGCUACUGGUCGCCGCUGUGGGAACGCUGGAUGGUCUCGGACCGCAUGCAGUGGCACAUUGCCAAGAGCGAGUCCCUCUCCCCGCUGGCGCCCAUUGCGUUUCACUACACCCGCAACUUUCGCCCGGGACAGUCGCUCAUCGUCACCGACGACCUGAUUGCGUGCGACGCCGACGAGCCGCCGGCGGCGUUUACUCGUGAUCUGAUCAACGUCUGCACUCUAACGACGGAUCUGAACGCCGUCCCGCGCAGUCUGUUUACGAGGCUGACGACGACGCGGGGCGUCGAGUUUGAUAACCUGGAUUUCACGCUGGAAAUGAUUGUAGACAGCGCCGGUCUGGGCUUUGAGCUUAAGGUGGAUGGUGUGCGGUAUGGCCGUGUCGAAGCCGAAUUUCAUUAA